UUGAGUAGUGUUUAUAUUGUUGGCACAGUUUGCGGCAAAUCUGGCAGAGAGAUCGUAGGUCGUUCUUGUCAUGGCUUUUCGGUGUCUUGAUUUUACCUUGACGUAGCCGUGGUUUGGUCACAGCUUUAGUGGUUAGUACGUUUAUAGAGAGCCAUGUCUGAGGAGAAUCAUUCAACAGGUGACGCGAAUUCAGCGGAGGGUCUGGCACCAGUCGUUCAGAACCACUACAACAGCAUUGGCAACAAUGGCCUGCAAGAGCGGGAACGCAGUCGAAUACUGCACAUGAGGAACUUCAACAACUGGACCAAGAGUAUGUUGAUACGGGAGUACAUUACUAAACGUAAGGAAGACAAGCCAGAAGACUCGCCGUUUCACGUGUUGGACCUGGGUGCUGGAAAAGGCGGAGACCUGCUGAAAUGGAAAAAGGGAGACAUCUCGUACCUAAUUUGUGCUGACAUAGCAGGAACAUCCCUGCAGCAUGCUGAGGAACGUUUUCGGGAGCUCAAAGAGCGGCACCGGAGACAACGAGAGCCAGGACGCAUAUUCCAGGCUGAAUUCAUCGAAGCAGAUUGCACCAGGGUGCGGCUAAAGGACCGGUACAAGUACAAGGACAUUGUGUUGGACUUGGUGAGCUGCCAGUUCACAUUCCACUACAGCUUUGAGAGUCUACCCCAGGCACAGUGCAUGCUUCGCAAUGCUGCCGAGUGCCUCGUCCCCGGCGGCUACUUCAUCGGCACCACACCCGAUGCCAACGACCUGGUGCGCCGCGUGCGAGAAGCACCGGGCCUCAAGUUUGGCAAUGAUGUGUUUCACAUUGAGUUCCACGGAUCUAAGGACGAGCUGCCCCUGUUUGGAGCGCAGUACGACUUUCACUUGGAAGGCGUGGUUGACUGUCCCGAGUUUCUCGUAAACUUUGACGUUCUCGAAGAAAUGGCAAAGGAGUUUGAUCUCAAGCUGGUGUAUAAGAAGCGUUUUGAAGAUUUCUUCAACGAGUUCAAGGACGACCCUGAGGGGAAAGUUCUGCUUCGCAAGAUGCAAGCAUUAGAGGCCUACCCACCGUUUGGCGACCAGACAACACAAGGGAAAGAUCCAGAUGACUACAAGCACGCCGCUGAGCAGUUAGAAAAGAUUAAAGCCCAGGAACCAGAAUCUCGAAGAAGGCCACAAGUGGGCACAUUGUCUCAAGCUGAAUGGGAAGCUCUCAGUAUUUAUGUUGUCUUUGCAUUUCAAAAAGACCCCAAUGCUGGCAGGCGAAGCAGUACGUCUGACAAAUGAGUCCGAGCCUUCCAUCAUCACCUAAGUGCAACAGGCUCAAUGGGCCUUGGCAUAAAGAAUUUCUACAUCACAGACUGUGCUGAGGGGUUUUAGUGCAAGACGUUCGGGGAAGGAAGUGCAUUGUGAGCGGUUCAUUAGACUCUAAAAUAAAGAUGUUUUUUUUUUUGUAU